CAGCAUUAAUAAUAAUAAUAAUAAUAAUAAUAAUAAUAAUAAUAAUAGUAAUAAUAUUAAUGUUGACGAAACGCAAUAAUGGAGAGAUCGAAAAACUUUGUUGUAUAUUAAUUUUGGCAUUACCGUGAUAUCGAACGAUUGUUGUUAUUGUUUAUGAGUGUGCGUGACAUCGACAACAAUAAUUAACGUACCCUAAGCCUACUGCUUAGGCCCGUCCGCUGUGUAUCCGGUCGUGAUAAUUCCAUCGACAUUCGCCCGAGAAAAUAACCGUACGACCGCGGCGAUUGGAUUCGAUCUGAUGUGUGGUUGGCCUUCUAGACAUUGAUGAUUUGAAGACAUCUGCUCACGGAUAACAUACAAUUAACUGGGAAACGACGUCAAAAUAUCAGAAAAAAUGAACGGUAGCGUGGAAAUUGUUGUAACAGAAAAAUCUGGGGAAAAACGUUUGGUGACUGUCCAAGGAACAACCGUUGAAACUACAGAUGAUCGACGGGUGCAUGAAAAUAUUGGAUAUGGAAUAUUUGUUCAAGGAUUGAAUGGGGACUUGGCCCAUUUAUUGUUGGAUCAAGAAGAAGUGGGAACUAUGACUGUAGAAAGUUUAGCAAAAAUAAUCAAUGGUCAAGAAGCAAUAAGUGUAUCCGGACAAAUCCAAAUAAAUAAUCUAAAAUUAGAAAAUGUGGAUUUAUCUAAUCAAGAUGGUACAACAGAAAUUUAUAUUACUGAAGAAAAGAAUAUUGCAAUUGACAUGGCCAAUGAAGCCGUGGCAAACUGUCAAAGUCUUAUGCGACCUAACCCUAUGGAUGAACUACAAUGUCAAAAAUGUGGCAAACGAUUUUCAGAUGUUAAUGCCUUAAAAUCUCACGAGGUGUCUCAUGAUGAUGGUCAAAAUGUUGAUUGUAAAUUUUUGUGUACUGUUUGUGGAGAAAAAUUUGAUAAGGCAAAUGCAUUGAGUGCACAUUUGGUUAUUCAUCGUAAUAUCAAGUUACAUCAUUGUGAAGUUUGUGGAUUAGUUUUUCCUGAUGAUGAAUCUUUAAAAGAACAUGCUCAAAUACACUCUCGUCAGAAACUACACACUUGUCAAAAAUGUGAUAAGAAAUUCCCUUCGAGUUACAGAUUGUUUCGUCAUAUGACAAUUCAUACAGAAAAUCCUCCUUUUGUUUGUGAUCAAUGUGGUGUGUCCGUAGCAAAUAAAAGCGAUUUAAAACUUCACAUCAUGAAACAUACUGGGAGUGCUGUGUAUACAUGCACUGAAUGUGAUAAGAGUUUUCUAAAGCCAUCUUGCCUGCAACGACAUUCAAGCGUACAUACUGGUGAACGACCAUUGCACUGUAAAACUUGUAACAUGACAUUUACCUAUUCUAGUAAUUUGUGUGGGCACUUAAUAGCUAGUUCUAAAGCAAAACCACAUCCGUGUACUAUGUGUGAAAAAUCAUUUAGACGACCAUCUGAUUUAGAACGCCACAUGAUGAUUCAUACCGGUGAACGUCCAUUUGUAUGUCAAGUUUGCUCUAUGUCAUUUAUUACUAAUUACAAUUUAAAAGUGCAUUCAAUGAUCCAUAAUGGGGGUUUGCCAUAUCCGUGUACAUCUUGUGAUAAAGCGUUUAGCAAACCUUCAGAAUUACAAAGGCAUAAAUUGGUACACUCUAGAGAAAAGCCAUUUUCAUGUGUCAAAUGUGAAGCUACAUUUACAAAUCAAAGUAACCUUAAAGCUCAUAUGAUAACUCAUACAGGUCGAAAACCAUUCCCCUGUCGUAUUUGUAACAAAGGAUUCACACGUCCAUCAGACGUCAAACGUCAUAUGCUUACACAUACUGGUUGUCGUCCUUUUGCAUGUGAUGUAUGUGGCUUGGCCUUUGCCGACUCAUCAAAUUUGAAAAAACAUUCAUUGACCCACUCUAAAGAUGAUCAAAAACUCGCUUUGCAACAUCAAUGUCCAUCGUGUUGCAUCUCCUUUUUCUCAUACGAACAACUCAAUGAACAUAUAAUCUCUGGAAAUUGUACCAAUAAUAGUGGGCAAGCUGAACCUAAGUACUCAUGUAAAGAAUGUGGUGCUACGUUUAAUCAUGCACUUCACUUACAGGAGCAUGCCAUCAUGCAUUCGAAUCACAGAUCAGUACACAGGUGUGACGUGUGCAACAAAACAUUCAUUCAAGAGUCGUUUUUGAUUGCACAUAAGGCUUCUCAUACUGAAUCGCGACCUCACCGUUGUGACAUUUGUCUAAAGAGAUUCAAGAGUACAUCUCAUCUGAAGAAUCAUGUGAUGAUACAUUCAGGUGUAAAGCCUUUCGAGUGCACUGUUUGCAACAAGUCUUUUUUAAAAUUAGCUUCAUUGAGACGUCAUUAUGCCACACAUGAUCGUGUAAAUUUCUCAUCCGCUGUUUGCCACCAAUGUGGUAAAUCAUUCCUCAAUCAAGAGUAUUUGAAAAAACACAGUGUAGUACAUGCUGAUGCAUAACACGUAGAUAAAUAUGGAUAAAAAUGAACAUGUUCACUCUUUAUCAUUUUUAUCACUAAACUGUAUAAUAGCCUCAUUAACUAUUGAUCAUUUACAGUUUCUUGUGGUGAAUAUGAUAUGAAGUGUAGUUAAUUAUUAGUUUCUAUGUAAAUAUGGAAUUGUUUUUUAAAACUGGCAAAUAAUUGUAAUUCAUUGUUGCUUUAUAGUUUUUAAUUAA